UAGCGAGGCUUCCAUCAAUUAUCAGUAUACUUUGUCAAGACCGCCCAUCAUGUCGACCGACCAACAAGAACCAAAUCCGGACGAUUUCGACACCAUCGUACUUGGUACGGGUUUGGCCGAAAGCAUCAUUGCGGCAUCUCUAGCCAAGGCAUCCCAGAAGGUCUUGCACAUCGACCCUUUUCCGACUUAUGGAGGACCCAGACACUCGUCGUUGACCAUCCCGGAGCUCGUCGCGCACCUUCCCGACCUCGAAAACUCGUCUUACGAAUACCCUGCAGGCUCAUCCGCAGCAGCGGGAGGUAGUUUCCAACAGGAUGUGGAGACAGGUAGUCGAGGUCGACAAUACGCCAUCUCGCUCUAUCCGGCCAUCUUGCCUGCCAGAGGAAAACUCAUUGAUACGCUCAUCUCGAGCGGGGUCAGUGGGUAUAUCGGGUUCAGGGUCGUCGACGGGAUCGGGCUGUGGCAACCCUCGACGAGUACUGGUGCGGGAACGAGCACGAACCGAGGUGAAGAAUUUGCGAGCGAUAUCAAGAAGGUGCCGAGCUCAAAAGGACAGGUGUUCAAGGACAAGACGCUGAGCUUGAUGGAGAAGCGAAAGUUGAUGAAGAUGUUGAUGUUCGUCGCCAACUUGGACGAGACCAAGGCGAUCGAUGAUGCCUUAUUGAAGGACAAGAUUGAUAUGCCUUUCGUGCCGUAUCUACAACAAGCCUUCGAUCUACCCCUUGCGAUGGCCCGGGAUAUCGCAUUCGGUAUCGCACACUGCACAACGGGAAAAGAACCAGCCUUGGUCACCCUCCUCCGCAUGCAACGGUACCUCCGCUCUCUCUCCCGCUACUCGCCCACCUCUUCCUUCCUCGUUGCCCAAUUCGGCGGGAUCGGGGAGAUCGUCCAGGGUUUCUGUCGGAGUUGCGCAGUGUAUGGGGGUACUUAUAUCUUGGGAGACAUGGCCCGGAUCAAAUCGGGCAAGCAGACGGAGGAAGGGGUCGAGAUACAGAUCGAAGCGCAAGAGGGGGCUUUGAGGGGGAAACGUCUGAUCGGAACGGACAAGGCGUUGAAGCAAGCUGGGUUGCUAGAUGCGAGCGGCGAUGGUCGUGGUUCGAGGCGAAAGAUCGAGGAGUCAGAACCGAGACGGUCGAAUUGUGUGGCCAUCGUCUCUGGUCUUCCGCCCAUGGUCAGAUCGGCAUUUUCGUCGGGGCGAGAUGGUGCUCAACAGACAGAGGAACAAGAGGACGAAGAUGAAGUAGCAGGGAAUGACGUGCUUGUCCUCGUCGCACCACCACCGGAAGAUCAGGAGAAAGGCCAGGAGGUAUCGCGGAUCUUGUUCAUGGGCAGCGGGACUGGUAGUUGUCCAGAGGGCGAAUAUGUUGUGUACAUUUCGACUCCCACAAGGAUCGGCGAAACCAAUCCAGCCAAAGCCUUACUAGACCGGCUCUUUGUUACGCCGACAUCGACAUGCAAGUACAGGUCGGCUCAUCAGCCUGGACGACACGGUCCGGACCAGGCUCCGUGCUGGUGGGGCAGUUUCGAGCGGGUCCGAGUGGUUGGAAGGGAUGGACCUCGAGGCAGAGCUCGCUCAGGCCGUGCUGGACGAUCUGGGCGUCGAGAUGAUCACCAAGCGAGAAGAGGGCGAGGGUGGCGAAGAUGAAGAGUUGUAGCGGGCCGUCGAGGCGAGAAUCGCUUGGCCGCCGGGGAAUAUCCAAACACGACUUGCAAAAACGUCGACGCUGCUCGUUUGUGGUCGCUUGUCGCCUCGAAACAAGUU